AUGGCCAGCUCGCCGCUUUCUCCGUUGUACGCUGCCAGCGCCGCCAGCGGUUCGGACGUUUCCGCAACGGGCCUUCCUUCGCCGCCCGCUCAACCACUCCAGUCACCAUCCAGGAACCCGGCUGUGCCGCCAGGCGCAGGGCUGAGACCGCAGCAGGGUGCGCCAGGGCAGGCGAGCGCGGGCUCCACACCGCGUCCGGGCGGGAACAACAGCAAGACGUACUCGUUCGUGUCAUUGCCUGGGAAUGCGGUGAAAAAGCGGCCGCGCCGGAGGUACGACGAAAUUGAGCGGUUGUAUCAGUGCAGUUGGCCGAAUUGCACGAAGGCGUACGGAACCUUGAACCACCUGAACGCGCACGUAACCAUGCAGCGGCAUGGUGCGAAGCGGAGCCCAAACGAGUUCAAGGAGCUGCGUAAGAAAUGGCGCCAGGAGAAGAAGGAGGCAGAG